UUUUCUCAAGUUACACCUAUCCCCUAGGGUCUCCCACCGGGCCGCCACCACCACCCCAAAUCCUCUUCCUCGGUAGAAUACCGGCGAGCUCUGCGCAGAUGGUAGCUAGCCCCUCCAGGCUCCGCAGUCCGCACCCUUUCAAAAAACAUAAGAAAAAAUAGAGACAGAGAGAGAGAGAGAGAGAAGCUACUUCUUCAUUCAACUCAGCUAGAGAGCCCCAAAAUGGACAGCACGGUAGAUUCUCUGAACAAUGCAUAUCAGGAGUUUGUGGUUGCAGCAGCUAAUGUGCUCGAAGCCAAGGAGAUUUCUAGUGCCCAGAAAACAGCAGCCACAGAUGCUGCUGUAGAAAAUUUUAAGCAGAUUUGGGAGUUGUUCAGAGUUGCUUGUGACCAAGCGGACGAGUUCGUGGAGCCUGUGAAGCAAAGGAUUGGAUCAGAGUGCCUUGUGGAUGAAGCAACUGGCUCACUGGCUGGGAAGCCAGGGCAGUCUGCCAGUACUGGUCUCCCACCCAUUAGUGCAGUACAGUUGGAACAGAUGAGUAAGGCUGUUCGAUGGCUUGUGAUUGAACUACAGCAUGGUUCUGGAACUGGUGCUGCCCAUUCCCACCCUUCAGCUCCUUUUGAUGCUAGGUUCUCUGAAGAUGCAGCUCAAUAGUCUUCAGGUUUCGACUGCUGCGGUGACAGGGCACCUUUUGCAUUUUCUUAGAAGUCCAUUGGUAAGAGAGAUUCCACUAUGAACAUUCAUAGCCUAUAACUCAGAUCUUCCAUUAGCUGCCAAAAUCAAUCCCGCACAAAAUUCAAUUGGAGAUUUAUUUAUUUUCUGGUGAAUAUGUGGUAAGAGUAAUACUACUUGCACAUACUAUGAGUUUGUAUACAUAAGUAGAGAUGAGCUAUGUGCAUGUGCAAUAUCCACAUAAUACGUGCAAGUAGCGUCACUUCUAAUUUUAUUUAUAAAAAAAAAAAGUAGCGUCACUUCUAAUUUAAUAAAUGGAUUGUGUAUGACAGUUAUCUCUUCUUCCAGCAAUUAUCAUCAUUGAGACCAUUCUUCAUUGUAUCUAGCAGAGCCAAAACUCUGAAAGAUAGUUUAUUGAGCCUUGUGGCUUUUGUUGUAUGCUAUCAGAGUGCUGGGGAUCUACAAUAUCAAAGCACGUGGGGAAAGGAUCGCCUAGUGAUUUUCUAUUUUGGUGAUAUGUGAUGCCAAGGCUGAGAAUACAAGGAUGCAGGUCUAAUAAUUACAGUUGCCAACAGUUUUAUUAGAGAGCUGCAAACUGUGGGCAAGAUUAGAAGUCUUGAGGAAAUGACAAGUUCCCGUAUGCUGUGGAUUCUUUCUUUUCCUUCUAGUUCUAAACCUGGCUUCCUAACAAUUUUCUUUCACAGCAUUCCAACUGGCCAUUUUUUAGAACCUUGAAGUGAAGUAUUUAUAUUUUAUAUUAAAUUAUGCAAUGAUACUUCUUACUGAUAAAUGAGCUUUUCAUUUCUUACCAUAAGUUUAAUUUGUUCCUUUUAGAUUUGAUCUGUAUAACAUAAGUGAAUUGAAUUUCUUUAGGUGAUGCGGUUGUAAAGUCAAUGUCUUAUUGGUUCUUGGAAUGUGAAUAAGCAGUAAGAAUAAGUCUGUCUAUUGAAUUUCA